UGUGCCGUUCCUCUUAAAUCUGAAGCAACUGCAGCAGACGCAUCAUUCGAGCGGCCGGAGGGCUUCAGCCUACAGACACUGUCCCUGCACUGACUCACUGGAUCACACGCUGAAGGAUUCUUGUCUUCUUUCUGCUUUCUCGCUGGAUUAUUAGCAUGAACUAGUUGAAUAUUCGCUGAAGGAGCCUUUUGCUUUAAAGCAGUUGAAUGGCGCGGUGUCGCUGUCGCUGGCGCAGCGUGUUAAUCUGUGUGUGCACGCAAUGCCUCCUCCUGGUCACCCUGUUCCUCUUCGCCGCCGUCUCCGUCUGUCUGAACAUGCAAGAGAACUCGGAGGCGCAGCCGGUCUUCAAACCGAAACAACGCAUCACCUCUCACUUUGUGGCCGCGGGAGUGUUGCGUAACGGGACGUUCGGCCCGUUCCCGGAAACAUUCUGGAAGAGACACGACGGCGACGACGGCAUUUGGAACCGGCUCCAGUUGUCCAUUGACCACCGUUUCAACCCCAUCCUGCGCCCCCGCGUAGCCGAGAGAGGAUUAAAAAGGUUUGGCGACUCAAUUCUGAAGCAAAGUUUCUCCACAUACGAGGUCAGCCCGAGGGAGAACGUUGACAAGCUACCGAAGCGGAUUCAGGAGUUUGUGAGCCACAUGCAAAGGAGGGAUUAUCCGGUUCUCCUCCAGCCAGAUGCAUGUGGAGCUCGGGCAAAGGGUGAAGAAGAGGUGCCUCUCCUUCUCUUGGCUAUCAAGUCAACAGAGAUGAACAUCAAGAACCGGCAGGCGAUUCGACAGACGUGGGGCAAGGUGGGAUGGGUGGCAGGUCAGAAGACCAGCGGCGGAGCGCAGGUCGGAGGCUACGUCCGCAGAGUUUUCCUGCUGGGCAGGGAAAAAUUUCAGGAGCUGGGUGUGGACAUGUCGGCUCUAGUGAAGACGGAGAGUCAACUUUAUGGAGAUAUCCUCCAGUGGGACUUCGAGGACACGUUCUUCAACCUCACCUUGAAAGACGUGCUCUUCUGGAGCUGGUUCUCGCGCUCCUGCGGUCAGACUCGCUUCGUCUUCAAGGGGGACGACGAUGUUUUUGUCAACACCGCGAAAAUGGUGACCUACCUCCACGGGCAGCUGAGGGAGCCCAACGUCACCAUGGAGGACUUCAUGGUUGGGGAGGUCAUAGGAGCAGCCUUGCCCAACCGAGUCAACAAGUCCAAGUACUUCAUCCCGCACACCUUCUACAAGGGGUUAUAUCCCACGUACGCGGGCGGGGGAGGGGUGGUGUACUCGGGCCUGCUGACCAAACGCCUGCACCACAUGUCCAAGAGAGUUCACCUGUUCCCCAUCGACGACGUUUACGUGGGGAUGUGCAUGGUUCGACUCAACGCCUUUCCCAUCCACCACCCCGCCUUCCUCACGUUUGACUUUCCGGGGAAGGAGGAGGACCAGCAGUGUUCUUAUCACACGAUACUGAUGGUCCACAAACGAAGCCCCAACCAGGUGAUGGAACUGUGGUCCGACUUGGAAAAGACAGAGGCGCAAUGUCGGGACGUUCCCCUGAGAGUUGAAGGCAAGAAUAAACACUAACUGCGCAGUAAGAGGACGCUGUUCUGUGCGUAUAUUUAAUUCCACCGACCAAUGUGGAGAAAUGGUGUCGGCGUUGCAACAGCCGCCGUCGCUUGUGAAAGGACUAAACCCGGAUGUCUGUUCAUUUCGACAUAAAACCACUGUAACACCGUUUAUUUUCAUAUUGCCGAACAGCCUUUCGGUUUUAAAUGUGAUUUACUGUAAAUAAGUUAUUGUAAAUAAGUGUGAAUGUUGAAAUAGUCUUCUGUGAACUAAAGCCUGAUGGUUUCUCUCCAUCCAGUCGAGCUACUACUGGUACAGCUAAUGUAGAAAACAGUCUUCCUUCAAAUCACGUCAAUGCUGAAUCAUAUUUAAGUGGAGGAGUUCGUUGUUGCCUUUUAUGAAAGGGGGAAGUUUAAUAAAUGAGCACAAGGAAGAGAAACAUUUUUUUGUUGUACACAUUUACCGAAGUAUUAAGACCAUCUUCCUUAUUAUGCUGAGUGUUUCAUAUACGUUUUUUUUUCCAUUAUUAUGUAUAAUUUAAGCCAAAAUAUAUUUAUAACAGUUUGAAUUACCUCAGAGAUUGACGAGACUCUCAAACAGUCUAAAAGUCAGAAUAAAGAUGUUGGAAUUUGCCCGAUGGAA